AUGGCGCAGAGACCGUGGCUGCAGUGGAUGCUCUUCACACUGGUGCUGGUGGAACUUCACGGAGAGGCCGAAGAUGGGGGAAGAGCGGGCAUCCCUGACCAACCACGCAUGCUGUCGGACAAUGGUCACCUGGUGUUCAGCCCAGGAAACAGCAAAGACAUCUGCUUCAGACCCUCAGCAAACGGCCGGGUCAAAGUGGGCGACGAAGACCUCACGCUGCUCAUCACACAGAUAAAGUCCAACAAAGCAGAAAUCGAUGACAUCAAGGCCCAUGGAGGAGCAGUGCCGCCUGACGUCACCAACAAACUCAACCAGCUCAGCACAAAGGUCUCAACACUGGAGACCAAAGUCGCGUCCUUGGAAUUGACAGUACAGACGGUGUCCUGCACCAGUAAUCCCUGUCAGAACGGAGGCACCUGUCUGAACCUGCUGGGCUCCUACCACUGCAUGUGUCCCAACAACUGGGGGGGCCCAAACUGCAACACUGAUGUGAAUGAGUGUCAGACGCUCUCCGGGACACUGAGUGGCUGUCAGAACGGGGCCACCUGCUCCAACACGCCCGGCUCCUUCACGUGCAGCUGUGCUCCUGAGUGGAGCGGGACCCUCUGUACCCAGCGCUAUGAUGACUGCAGGAACGCAGGGCAGGACCUGUGUGUGCACGGGACAUGCAUCGACGCGGACCGUGUCACACAAGGACAGCCUCGGUUCCAGUGCAUCUGUGAGGCGGGCUGGGACUCUCCUGCAGGGAACCCGGCCUGUGUGUCGGAUGUGGACGAGUGCAGUCUGCCCAACAAGCCCUGCUCCAGCAACCCCCCAGUGGACUGCUUCAACACUCCAGGGUCCUUCUACUGCGGCGGAUGUCCUCCUGGCUGGCAAGGCAACGGCUACAGCUGUCAGGACGUGGAUGAGUGCAGGAGCAAUAACGGCGGCUGCUCCACGUCCCCUCAGGUGCAGUGCAUGAACACCAUGGGCUCCUUCCACUGUGGCCCCUGUCCUCCAGGUUACCAGGGCGAUGGCAGAACCUGCACCCAAAGCAACAUCUGUGACGCCAACAAUGGAGGAUGUCACCCUCUGGCCACCUGCUCCUCCUCUAUAGGCUCCAGUCUGCCCAUAUGCACCUGUCCUCCUGGGUACACUGGGAGCGGAUAUGGCCCCAGCGGAUGCACCCAGAGCAGCACCAUCUGCCAGACCUCCGACCCCUGUGUGAACGGCCAGUGUGUGCCCACUGGUGCCUCCCCUGGGUACCAGUGUAACUGCAGUCCUGGCUGGGGUGGGGUCCACUGUGACCAGAACAUCGACGAGUGCUCCAGUAGCCCCUGUCAGAACGGGGGCACUUGUGUCGACCAGCUCAACGGCUUCAGCUGCACCUGCACCAGCCAAUGGACCGGGCCCCUGUGCCAGAUCCCUCAGCAAGAGUGUGGUGGCUCCCUGAGCGGUCCAUCGGGCUCCUUCAGUUAUCCCAACAACCCUGGGGGUGAGGAGUACGAUCACAUGGUCAGCUGCGCCUGGGUCAUCCGCACCGACUUUAACAAGACCUUACACGUCACCUUCCCUUACUUCGAGCUGGAAAACAGCUACAACUGUAACGCAGACUUUCUGCAAGUGCACGAUGGCGACAGUGCGUCCGCGUACAUGAUGGGACGUUACUGCGGGCGCAAUAGCCCCGCCUCCCUGGCCAGUUCCCACAAUGCACUGUACUUCUGGUUCCGCUCGGACCACACGGUGAAGGCGGGGGGCUUCACUGUGGUGUGGCAGGCGCAGGACCCAGUUUGUGGAGCAGAGCUGAGUGCCCCGUACGGCAGCAUCAACUCCCCUGGUUACCCCGGGAACUACCCUCCGGGCCGGGACUGUUACUGGAUGGUCACUGUGAGCCCUGGCCUGCUCAUCACCUUUGCCUUUGGGCUGUUAAGCCUGGAGAACCACCCAGACUGCAACUAUGACUAUCUGGAGGUACGUGAUGGCCUGCUGCCUGAAGACCCCAUACUGGGCCGGUACUGCAGCACAUCGUCCCCGGCCCCUCUGGUCACCACGGGCCCCAACGCCUGGGUCCACUUCCACUCUGACAACAGCGUGACUGACCGGGGCUUCCACAUCGCGUACACCACCUCUCCAAGUGACCCCGGCUGUGGCGGAACGUUCACGAACCAAGAGGGGAUCAUCAUCUCCCCUAACUGGCCCAACGACUACACCCACAACAGGCAGUGUGUGUACAUCAUCCGUAUGCCCGCGGGAGAGAGGGUGUCACUGAACUUCACCCACAUGAGCCUGGAGAACCACACCAACUGUGCCUUCGACUAUGUGGAGGUGCGGGACGGCCUGCGGGAGACGGACCCUCUGAUUGGGCGCUACUGUGGCAGUGAGCUCCCCGCUCUCAUCCACUCCUGGUCCAGCUCCCUGUGGAUCCGCUUCAGGUCGGACGGGUCAGUCAGCCAUGCAGGCUUCAGGGCCAUCUACUCUUUGGCCUGCGGGGGAGUGAUGACGGGCACGGGCCAGAUCCACUCUCCGCUCCAUCCAAACGCCUACCCCCACAACAAGCUAUGUGAGUGGGUGAUCCGCCAGCCUCUAGGACACGUGGUCACGCUCAACUUCCAGUCCUUCAGCAUGGAGCACAGUUCCUGUCGCUAUGACUACGUGCAGGUGCACGAUGGCUCCUCCUCCAGCUCUCCUCUCCUCGGGAAGUUCUGUGGCACUGACAUCCCUCCAAGACUCCAGUCCACACAAGGCUUCAUGUACGUGCGCUUCCAAACCGACGCCUCAGUCACUAACAUGGGCUUCCUGGCAGACUACGGCCAGGCCAUAGAAGGUUGUGGAGCCACCAUGACCAGCUCCAGCGGAGUGAUCGUGAGCCCAGGACACCCUAACGGCUACCCGCACGGAGCCAACUGCACCUGGUUCAUCAGCGUGGCCCCCGGGAACCUGAUCCGGCUCUCCUUCGACUCCUUCAAUAUGGAGUACCACACCGACUGCAACUUUGACUAUGUGGAAAUCUAUGACAAUGGCACCGUGGAGACCGGCACCAAACUGGGACGGUUCUGUGGGCGCUCUGCCCCCCCCUCCAUCACCAGCACAGACAGCCUACUCACACUGCUCUUCGUGUCCGACAACAGCCUGUCUGUGGAGGGCUUCUCUGCUCGAUAUGUGUCCCUAAACGCCACCACUGACUGUAGCGAGGCCUUCACCUCCCCCACUGGCACCUUCUCCUCCCCCAACUACCCCAGCUACUACCCCACUGGCAGGGACUGCUUCUUCACCAUCACUGUGCAGAUGAACUUACAAAUCAUGCUGAACUUCACUGACUUCGAGCUGGAGGGAUCACACACGAGCUGCAGCUUUGACUUUGUGGAAAUCCGCGACGGAGGCUACGAGACCUCUCCUCUGAUUGGCAGGUGGUGUGGCACAAUCAGGCCCCCGGUACUGGUCUCCCAUAGCAACCGACUGUGGGUGCGAUUCCGCUCGGACGCCACUGUGACGCGGAAGGGCUUCACGGCACACUGGGACGGCACGCAGAGCGGCUGUGGGGGAAGUUUGAACUCAGCAUCUGGGGGUUUCUCCUCUCCAAACUACCCCCUGCCCUACCACCCCAACGCAGAGUGUUACUGGGAUGUGCGGACCAGUGCGGGCAGCGAGCUCCUGCUCAGCUUCUCCGACUUCCAUCUGGAGACCUCUGCAGCAUGUGCUUACGACUAUGUGGCAGUGUACGAUGGCAGCAGUAGCCAGGCACCUCAGCUUGCGCACCUGUGUGGCAGUGACGUGCCCAGCCCAAUCUCUGCUUCCGGGAACCAGCUGUACGUCAAACUACGAACAGACAGCAGCGUGAAUGCGGGAGGCUUCAUCGCACAUUACUCCACCAACUGCAGUGCUCAGCGCAUACAGAACCAGUACAGAGGCCUCCUGGAGUCGCUCAACUUCCCCAAUGAGUACCCCAUAAAUACCUACUGCAGCUGGACCAUCCUGGCCUCCCCUGGCAAUAACAUCAGCUACUCCUUCAGCACCUUCCAACUGGAGAGCCCCAACCAGGGCUACUGCGGAUACGACUACCUGAAGCUGUAUAAUGGCCCCGACACGCAGGCCCCCAUACUGGGCACAUACUGUGGAAGCUCCACCCCACCUUCCGGGACCACCACCUCGGCUGCCCUCACCGUGAUCUUCAGGACGGACAACGCAUUGUCCCGGCCCGGCUUUCAGAUGGUGUGGACGCAGAUCGGAUGUGGCGGAGAGCUGCAUGGGCCGGCCGGCUCCUUCCAGAGCCCCGGUUACCCCAACAAAUACCCUGAAAACCGCGAGUGUUUAUGGUUCAUCAACACGGCAGCAGGCAGCAGCAUCACCAUCACCAUCUACGAGUUCAGUGUGGAGUUUCACCCGGACUGCAACUACGACGUGUUGGAGGUGUUUGGGGGCCCAGACCCACAGGCCCCUCAGCUGGCCAAACUGUGCACCACCACCUCCAGCCCCAUGCAGGUGUCCAGCACUGGGAACACUGUCACCGUGCGCUUUAAGUCUGACCAGUACGUGAGCGGCCGGGGGUUCAAUGCCAGCUGGGCCGAGGUGCCAGGAGGCUGUGGAGGCCCCAUCACAGCUCACUCAGGGGAGAUCCACUCGCCCUUGUACCCCAACAAUUACCCCAACAGCGCUGACUGCUCCUGGGUCAUUAGUGUGGACCCCAACCACCGGGUGCUGUUCAACUUCACUGACCUGGACAUCGAGUUCCGAACCAACUGCACCUUUGACUAUGUGGAGAUCCACGACGGGCCGAGUGAAUCCUCCCCAGUCCUGGCUCAUGUUUGUGGGAGCACCCUCCCCCCGGCCAUCACCUCCACCUCCAACACCAUCUACGUCCGCUUCAGAUCCGAUGCCAGCAAGAACCACAGAGGCUUCCGGGCCGUCUUCUCUGAGGCCUGCGGAGCCUCCAUCAUGGCGGACGAUGUGGGCGGGGCGAUAGCGUCUCCACGGUACCCGGCACAGUACAGCGCCAACUUGAGCUGCACCUGGAUCAUCAAAGCCAUGGAGCCUUUCAACCACGUGACCUUGUCUUUCACUGACUUUGAGCUGGAGAACCACCCAAACUGCUCCCAUGAUGCAGUGCAGAUCCGGGACGGGGACAACCUGCAGGCUCCCGCUGUGGGCCUGUACUGCGGCACAGAGCUGCCUCACCCGGUCACCUCCUUCAGUAACGCCAUGGUGGUCACUCUCCUCACUGACAGCUCUGUGUCAGGGAAAGGCUUCAGGGCCACCUACAGCGCCUCCACCUCCAGCUGCGGGGGAGACAUGCUGAUGGAGACCGGGGCGUUCAACAGUCCAAAUUACCCGGACCCCUACCCCCCCAACGUGGAGUGUGUGUGGACCAUACGCAGUUCCCCCGGCAACCGUCUGCAACUCUCCUUCUCCAUGUUCAGCCUUCAGGGCGGGAACGGCUGUGGCAGUGACUACCUGGAGAUCCGAGAGGGGAGCUCCACGGGCCAACUGGUGGGCCGUUUCUGUGGGGCUGCCUUGCCCUCUAACUACACCUCCCUAAUGGGUCACGUGCUCUGGGUCAAGUUUGUAUCUGAUGGAGCAGUGAGUGGAGCCGGCUUCAGGGCCACCUUCUCUCACUUGUACGGUAACGACGUGAGUGGAGAGCAGGGGCAGAUCGCGUCCCCGCUAUACCCCAGGACGUACCCCUACAACGCACACUACCAGUGGACCAUCACAGUGGACGGAGACAGUAUGGUGGAAAUCCGCUUCUUGGACAUGGACAUUGAGGACCAUUAUGAAUGCUUCUUCGACCACCUCACGGUCCUGGACGGCCCGUCAGAGCACUACUACCCUCUGGGGGUGUUCUGUGGUCUGCAGCUGCCUCCCCCAGUGCGCAGCUCCGGCAGCACGCUCACGCUUCUAUUCCAGUCUGACGGUGUGGUGGGGGGGCGGGGCUUCCUCAUUGAGUGGAAGGCAGUGCAGAGCUCUGGACCUCCACCCACGAUUCCCCCAGGAGCGUGUGGUGGGAGCCUGGUGACAGGGGCCUCUCCUGGCUUCCUCUUCUCCCCUGGAUGGCCGGAUCCCUACCCCCUGGAUGAGGAGUGCACCUGGCUCAUCCGCUCACCUGACUCCACUGUGGAACUCAACCUGCUCUUUGUGGACAUGGAGGACUAUCCAAACUGCUACUUCGACAGCCUGGUCAUCCGUGAUGGAGCGAGCAGGCUGUCCCCCAUCCUGGCCACUGUGUGUGGAAGAGACCUGCCCGGACCACUGCACUCCUCCACUGACUCCAUGUACCUCCACUUCUCCUCCGACAGCAGCCUGAAUGGCAGAGGCUUCAACGCCACCUACUCCAGAGCUUGCGGGGGCUUGGUCCACAGUGACCGGGGAGUGGUCAGCAGUCCUCUGUACCCUCAGAACUACAGACCCAAUGCAGACUGCAGCUGGCACAUCCGGGUCACGGCUGGUUUCAGGGUGUCCGUCACUUUCCAGAGCCCCUUCCAGAUCCAGGGCUUUGGGACGGACUGCAGCGAUGGGGAUUACCUGGAGCUGCGUAAUGGCCCGGACACGUCGGCUCCUCUGCUGUCCCGUCUGUGUGGAACAUCGACCCCGUCUCUGCUGCAGACCACUGACAACCACCUCCACCUGCGCUUCCACUCCGACAGCUCCAACGAGGCUAGCGGCUUCAGGCUGACCUUUGAGGCACACAGCCAGGCCUGCGGGGGUCACAUCCAGCUGCACGAUGGGGACAUCCCGGGAUACAUCACGUCCCCUAGUUACCCACAGAACUAUCCUCAGAACAUAGACUGUGUGUGGGUCAUCUCUGUGCCCAAUGGAGAGGCCGUGCAGCUCGACUUUGAGGAGGAGUUCUACAUCGAGCAGACCACCAAUUGUCAGUAUGAUUACCUGGAGGUGCGGGACGGCUCAGACUCCAGUGCCCCCCUGGUCUCUCGUCUCUGUGGGACCACCCUGCCCUCCACUCAGCGCUCCACAGGCUCCUUCAUGACUCUGCGCUUCAGGACAGACACCAGCGUGGCACAUAAAGGCUUCAAGGCGCGCUACUCCAUCUCCUCGUGCGGAGGGCGCUUCAUCGGCCAGAGUGGUGUGAUCCACAGUCCAGGCUUCCCUAGCUCACACUACCCAGAUAACUCCCUGUGUGAGUGGUUCUUGGAGGGCCCCACUGGACACUACCUGACCCUGACGUACCAGAACCUCAGCCUGAGCAGCUCCAGCUCCGGCAGCUGCGACCAGGACUAUGUGGAGAUAAGAGAGUACAAUGCAUCAGGACUGCAGCUGGGCAGACACUGUGGCUCCUCUUUGCCCACUCCCCUGGAAACCUCCGACAGCUUUGCCUACGUCAAGUUUGUGAGUGACAGUAGUGUGAACGCACCCGGCUUCAGCCUCAUGUUUGAAGCCAGUGUGGAAGUGUGUGGAGGAGAACUGAAUACCCCAUACGGGACCAUCUCGUCACCAAAUUACCCCAACCUAUACCCACACAGUCGGGUGUGCCGCUGGGAGGUGGUGGCUGUGCCAGGACGCAGAGUCACACUAACCAUCAACGACCUGAGGCUGGAGGGCUCUGGGACAUCCUGUGUGUACGACUAUGUGGAGGUGCUAAACGGGCUGGCUGCAGACGCCCCUUUGCUGCAGAGGUUCUGUGGCUCUGUGCCAGCUGGGACCCAAGUCCAGUCCUCGGGGAGCACCAUGACUGUGGUGUUCAGGACAGAUGCAUCAGUCUCCAAUGGAGGCUUCAGUGCCUCCUACUCCACUGACCAGCCCGCAGUGUGCGGGGGUGUCUUGGGUUCUGAGGCUGGGGGAAACAUCACCUCUCCUGGGUACCUGCUUUCUAACUACAGCAGUAACCUGAAUUGUGAGUGGACCAUCCAAAACCACCACCACAUCAACUCCUCCAUCGUGGUUCUGGUCCAGGACCUGCACCUGCAGAGCCACCAGACCUGUGCCCAGGACUUCCUGCAGUUCAGGCUAGGAGAUGCUAAUGGAGAGCAACUAGCUAAGUUCUGUGGGCAGACCAUUCCCCCAGUGCCCAUCGUGGUCUUCACCCCUCAGCUGUAUGUGCACUUCCAGACAGACUCGUCACAGGGAGACUUGGGUUUCAGGGCGCUCUACUCCUUCUCAGAGUGUGGGGGGUGGCAAAUGGGGGAGGGAGGAGCGAUCUCCAGUCCAAACUACCCUGCAUUGUAUCCGGGCCCCAGUCGUUGUGCCUGGCUCCUGGAGGCCCCCGAAGGACACACCAUCACUCUCUCAUUCACAUAUUUCCAACUGGAGCCGCACUCCACCUGCAGCUGGGACUCGCUCACCAUCUUUAACGGCGGCUCCCCUGGCUCUCCUGUGAUUGGUCAGUACUGCGGGAGCUCCUCCCCAGGAACCGUGCAGUCGGGUUCCAAUAAGUUGGCCGUGGUCUUCCUGGCUGACCACAGCGUAUCCAGAGGCGGCUUUGUGGCCUCGUGGUCUGCCGACUCCUCAGGCUGUGGAGGGGUGAUCCAUGCUGACAGUGGUAGUAUCAAGACUCCAAACUACCCCCAGGACUACCCCGCCAACUCUGAGUGUCUGUGGCAUAUCAUUGGCCACGAGGGGAACCACCUGCAGAUGAGCUUCAACCCGGACUUCAACAUCCCAGACAGCUCUGGCAGCUGCAGCAACAGCUACGUCAAGGUGUGGGCGGGCCGGGGGCAGAGCUCAGAGGCCCUAUUGUCCAGCUCGUGUGGUUCUGGGCCCCCUCAGCCUGUGGUGGCCCCUGGGAACACGCUCACUGUGCGCUUCCAGAGCAAACUGACGACAGGCAAAGGUUUCAUCGCACACUUCAACACCAUGUGUGGAGCUACCUUCACGGCAGAUGCAGGGAAGGUGGUGUCUCCUAACUACCCGUCAGACUACCCUCACAGUGCCAACUGUAACUACACUAUAGAGACGGGGGAGCAGACCGUGGUGGUGCUCACCUUCAGGGUCUUCCAGUUAGAAGCUCACGCCUCCUGCCUUUAUGACGGGGUGAAAGUGUACAACCUGCUCACUGGGGGACCUCCCAUUGCAACUGUGUGCGGCUCCACCAUCCCGGGACCCUUCUCCACCAUGGGGCCCAUGCGGCUCAACUUCUACUCUGACUCUGUGGUGUCAGACGCAGGCUUCAUGGCAGAAUACGCUGCUUUUAAAUGUGGAGGGUUCUUCAACAGCUCGUCGGGCAGCCUCAGCAGUCCGGCCCACUCGCUCACUGACUACCUCCACAACAUCAACUGCUCCUACCACAUCAUGGUUCAAGACAACCGCAUUAUCGACCUCAAGUUUAACCGCUUCGACCUGGAGGCGUCCUCGUCCUGCCGCUUUGACUACCUGGCAGUGUACGACGGCCCAGACACCUGGGCUCCUCUGCUGGGGACCUUCUGUGGCUCACAGCUGCCCCCCCGCCUCCGCUCCACCACCAAACAUCUCUACCUGGUGUUCAGGACGGACAGCUCUGUCAGCAAGGAAGGCUGGAGCGCCGCCUACAGCCAGACUCUGGGGCCAGCUCAGGGCUGUGGGGGGUACCUGUCCAUGCCCAUGGGGAUGCUGGGCUCUCCUGAUGUGGACCUGGACGGCCGCUAUGAGCCCCUCCUGGACUGCACCUGGAUCAUCGACAUGCCUGUCAACCAAGCCAUCAACCUGAGUUUCAGCUCCUUCGACCUGGAGAGCUCUUCCUCCUGCCGCUACGACUACGUCAAGAUCUAUGAUGGGGACAGCAGUCACUGGCCCCUGGUGGGCACACUGUGUGGGACCACUCUCCCCUCCUUCUUUGUGUCCAGCGGGAACUUCCUGACCGUGGAGUUCAAGACGGACAGCUCAGUGCAGAAACGCGGGUUCAACGCCACCUACACAACUGUGCCGUUGGUCUGUGGAGGGAUCCUGAAUGCCACCACAGCCGUGCAGACCUUGAGCUCACCCUCCUUCCCUCAGCCUUACCCCCCAUUCACGUCCUGUCGCUGGGUUCUGGACGCCCCACCACAGGAGAGCGUGCAUGUGGCUGUGCAGAUCUUUGUGCUCCAGCCCAGUCAGAGCUGCACCAACAACUACCUGGAGAUGAGGGACUGGCCUCCUGGAGACUACGGUCAGUCUAAUAAGUUCUGUGCCGAGGAUGUGCACCCGGUGGACUUCUACAGUGUGGGAAGAACCGUCCAUGUCCACUUUAAAUCAGACGCCUACAUGACAGGCAAUGGCCUCAGCUUCACCUACCAGAUCGCAGGCUGCAGCAGGACCUAUGAGCAGCAGUACGGACACCUGAAGACCCCUGGCUGGCCUGACAUUUACCCACACAACAUGGACUGCACUAUCAUCCUGCGUGCUCCGCCCAAUCACACCAUCUCCUUCUUCUUCAACAGCUUCAACAUGGAGAGUCAUUCCAGCUGCAACUUUGACUAUGUGGAGGUGCGUAACGGUAGCUCCGCAAGCGCACCGCUCCUGGGAAAGUUCUGUGGCAGCACUUUGCCCAGUCCCGUCUUCCCUCAGUCCAACCAGCUCUACCUGCGCCUCAAGUCUGACUACUCCAAUGCCCUGGACGGCUUCGAGGCCACCUGGACCUCCUCGCCCCAUGGCUGCGGUGGUCCUCUGUUUGGAUCCCAUGGUUCCUUUGCCAGUCCAAACUUUCCGGGCACCUAUCCCAACGGCACCCACUGUGAGUGGGCUCUGAGUGUGCCUGGAGGCCGGGUGGUGACCGUCACCUUUGCUCAGAUCAGCAUAGAGGACGAAGGGUCGUGUCAGAGGAACUAUCUGCGGCUGUACAACGGAGCGGACACAUCAGCUCCUCUGGUGGCAGCGUACUGUGGACCUGAGACAAACAUUGCUCCGUACACGUCCUCCUCACACCAGCUGUACUUUGUGUUCAAAGCCGAGUCUGCUGUGCUGCCAUCCGGCUUCAGACUCACCUGGAGCAGCUGA